GCCUUCCUACAAGAAAGAAAAUGGAAUCCUGAGCUCGUACUCUACUAAACCAGUCUUUUUUCUCAAUAUAUUCUUUAAAUAGGAAUCUUGUCGUCCAUCUAUAUUGAUCACAACAUCACUAACAAGUUACUGGAUCUUGCUCAAAGUUGCAGAGUAUCCUGUUCAUUUUUCUACCCUUCAGAGUCAAUGGAAGGGUCUGACAGCGUAGAGCAAGGUGGUGGUGACCAGCCAGAGUCGCAGCGCCGAAGGCAGUUGGAUCGUCUAGACCGGGAAGAGGCCUUUUAUCAAUUUGUCAACAAUCUCAGUGAUGAGGACUAUCGUCUUAUGAGAGACAACAACCUCUUGGGCAAUCCAGGGGAGGUAACUGAGGAUGAGCUGUUCAAUAGACUUCAGCAAAUCAAAGAUGGUCCAGAGCAGCCGCAGAAUAACAACCCAAGCACAGAAAAUACAGAGGAUCCCGUUGAAACUCCAGAGAGCUCUGAGGACUCCCAAGGUGGGGAUAGCUUGCUAGACUGGCUCAACACAGUGAGACGAACCGGCAACACAACUAGAACUGGACACCGCGGAAACCAGUCGUGGCGAGCUGUGAGCCAGACCAACCCAAACAGUGGUGACUUUCGCUUUAGCUUGGAGAUCAGUGUGAACCGCAACCUGGCCGAACAGCAGGCCGCUGCUGAAGGAGAACAGGGGCCUUCAGAGCAGCCUCCAGCGGGCCAAGAGGAAGAAGAGGUUGCAGAUCCUGAACCACAGGUUCCUAUGGAAACGGAGGUUGUGGAAGAACCAGUCGUUGAAGAGUUAGCUGUCAUUGUUGAGCCAGAACCUGAAGAAACACCUGAAGAAGAGGUUGCGUCACAAGAAGUUGUCGAGGAACCUCCCAGUCCACCCCCACCUCCACCUCCAGCUCCAGUUGUAGCAGAAGCUUCACCGGAGCAACCCCCACCUUGUUCUUCUCCACGAAGGGGACAAAGGAGACCCCGCAGCCGUAGCCCAGAACCACGCAGGACCAGAGCCCGCUUAGCCAGAAGCCGCUCACCUCUCCGUUUGGAUCAGCUAGAUGGCAUACCCGGUCCGCGACACACCUACGGCUCUCAGAGCCCCAGUUCUUCCACUGACACACCUCCAGUGCCUCAAGUGGAGGGCAGUUCUCGGACUCGACAACAUAUUCUCUCCAGGCAAAGCCCAGCAGACGACAAUGUUCAUCCACCCAGUGUCGAAGCAGAAUCAAUCCCAGAGGCCCAGAAUGUCAGACCUCAGGAAGGAGAACCCAAUGGGAAUGAAGGAGGCUCGGCCGAGCGCCGUCCCCCGACUAUAAUGCUCGACCUUCAGGUGCGUCGUGUGCGUCCAGGCGAAUAUCGGCAAAGAGACAGCAUCGCCAGCCGCACCCGGUCACGCUCGCAGAACUCCAACAACACUUUUCUCUAUGAGAGUGAGCGAGGGGGUUUUCGCAGGACCUUCUCGCGCUCCGAGCGUGCCGGAGUGAGGACCUAUGUCAGCACCAUUCGAAUCCCCAUUCGUAGGAUCUCCGACGCAGGGUUAGGAGAGGCAACGUCGAUGGCUCUCCAAUCUAUGAUAAGGCAGAUUAUGACGGGCUUCGGCGAGCUAGGCUACCUCAUGGAUUCCGACUCAGAUUCUUCAGAUUCCAACCGCGGUACCGGGACACCCGCAGAUACGGAAUCCCUCACCAAUCCAGAUGCUAGUAACGCUGACGCAUCUGCUGCUGAUGAGCAACCAUCGGUUGCUGCUGCUGCUGCUGGAGCCAGAGAGAGGACAGUUGAAACAGAUGUGGAUGAGGGUCUUACUACUGGCCCACAGGCUUCUGGUGGAAGGGCUCGACUUAGACCCCCCAUCAACCUAGAGGAGCCCAGCUCACUGCCCUUCCUACGACUUGCUCACUUCUUCCUCCUGAAUGACGACGAUGAUGACCAGCCUCAGGGGCUGACCAAAGAACAGAUUGAUAACCUCUCCAUGCGCAACUUCGGUGAGAGUGACGCCUUGAAAACCUGUAGCGUCUGUAUAACGGAGUACGCCGAGGGGAAUAAGUUACGCAAGCUUCCCUGCUCUCAUGAGUACCACGUGCACUGCAUAGACCGCUGGCUCUCUGAGAACUCCACCUGCCCCAUCUGUCGCAGGGCUGUCCUGGUUUCAGCCAACCGAGAGAGCGUGAUCUAACUCUUAACAGACUCCAACCUUUUCAAUAUUUCAAACUAAUUACACAUCCAAGUCAUGUAAGAUGCUUUGAAGAAAUGUCUCCACUAUUGAAAAUUAUUUUUUUCUCAUAAUUUGUGAGUUUGAUCAUUAUGUUACAGGUUUCAUUUGAGGUGCUCAGUCUCUUGACAUGCAUUCAGACUCUUAAGUUGACAUUUGCUAUUGUUGUCCAGAGCUGAGCAAAAGCAGUGCAUGCUGUUGAUCAACCUGUUGUUUCCAUGCAGUGAUGCACCAAGUUAUGUACACAAGCAGACCUAUAAUCUUAUAUUGAACCCUUUGAUUAUAAAUGCUGGUGCACACCUCCAGGUAGUUCAAACACUUCAGAUAUCUUCUUUUGGUAUGAAUCUUAAUUAGCACCUCAAGCACAAUUCUUAGUUGCAGCAGUUUGAAAGUAUUAGCUGUAAAUAGGCUUGUAAAAAAAUAAUUUUGACUCUUUGUAUCAGUGAAAUGGUUUAGGACUGUAAAUUAUAGGAUCGGAGUCAUUUCGGUUACACUUAAAGCAGUUUCAAGGUGGGGAGAGAAUGAGCUUGCAUAGCAGACAUAUGUUCACAUGAGUUGGUCUGCCGGUGACGGUGUAACUUGUGCUCCUUUUUGUUCACAUGACCAAAUCAAGACCCUCUGGAGUUCCAUUUGCCAAUACUCUGCUAGGUUGUUUAAAACAAAAAUUAAAAAGAAAUGUUGCUCUGGCAUAAAGGAAAAUAUUUGGCAUCCUGCAGUGUUUUUUUAAACAGAAUAAAUAUCAGAAAUGGGGAUCUGCCUGCAUUGGCUUCAGGUAAAUUUUGCCCCUUUUGACAAUUUGUACCCACAUUUUCCGCCUACAUGUUGCCAUUUUGUCUUUUACCAUUUACAUUUCAUACCUGUAAACAAUACAUUUCCCACACUUGUCCUUAGCAUUGCAUAUCAUUUUUUUGUUAGAUCAAAUAAAUUAUGCAAAUUAUGGAAAUUUCAUAUUUUUCCAUAUUUUAUGAAAACUUUAUUAUAUCCAGUUUACAAUGUUAGAGGUUUAAACAGUUAAACCUCAUGAAAUAUGAUGGAAUUAUAAAACUUGAUCAGAGUAAAGCAACUCUUAAGCAACAACCUGCUGGUAGAUAUCAUUUAUUGGAGUCAUAAAACUAUUUCCUUCCAGCAGAGGAAGUAGAUUAUGAAAAAUUACUUUUAAGUGGAAGUUGGGGACAGAAUUUUAAAAAAAGAAAUGUUGACAAGGCUGUUGAAACAUCUGGAUGCAAAUGGGCAAAAUGAUCAGGAAAUGUUAUUAUGGUCAGGACAUUUAAUUUUGUAGGUGAGUUCUUAUUUCAUAAUAGACUUAAAGUUGAAGUUUAAAGUUGUCCCUCUUCCGCUAUUUAUUUCUCAUGUACAGUGGUUCAUUCCCCUUCUUUCACCAGCAGCUAAGGUCUGAUAACGAGCUCAUCAUAUUUCUCUCGUACUGGGUUAGUCAUAUAAUCAGAAACUGGCUUUAAACGGAAAUGAUUUUAACCUUAUCUCAAGCCAGAGUUUGUCUCUAAAAGGUAGGUCCAUCAUAUUCUACAAGUUGCUCAAUAUUUAUUAAACAAUGGCUUAGACUUUCAAACAUUGACAGAAAAUUCAAAUUUCAAUAGAAAAUCAAGAAGUUACCCAACUGCUUUAUGAGCAAAUCUUCCCAAGUGGUGUGCAAUAUUUGCAAAAUGUACAAGUAUAGUAAAACAAACCAUGAUUUAAAUGUGUACUAUUGUUAAAAACUGUUUAAAUCCUAAAUGAAGACUUAUAACCCUUUACAGUAUGUGUUGAAGUUGAUUUUAUUUAGAAACUAUGUAGGUUUUAAUAAUUAAUAAACAGGAACAUUGACCAGUAAAGGAGCUGAAGGGCAUCACUUAUUGCCAUCCUGUUUCUUGUUUCACUGUUUGAUGUCUUAGCCACAAUUAUUACCUCCCCUCUGCGGGACACAAAUAUUUGAAUGCAAGAUGUUGAAUAGCAUUAACGUGUAAAAAAAAAAUUUAACUGUGUGUUUCCUUUAAAGGGGCCGAGCUUCGGUUUGGCCUUGUUCUGUGACCUACCCAGUGCAGGAUGUUAACUGGGUGUUUUAAUGAAACUAACCGCUGAAUUAAACGAGUUGAUAUGCUAUAAAACAAUACAUCAGA